CAACGACUUUUUAUCGUGGACCAAAAGAGUUUUUCUCUACAAGGCUAACACACACAUAUAUAUGUUUCUAUGCAUCUCACCGGCUCUUUCGUAGACAGUAUUAGAAAGCUGGUGCGGUGGCUCUGUGGCAGUGAUGUCCUUAUGGUAUUGAGAAGCUAUUUUUUUUUUUUUGCAGUGGAAGUUUGAUGCUCAGUUACUCCGUAUUCUAGAAUUUUGAAGAACCAAUGGCUUACAAGCGGCAAAAACUUAUAGCUGGUAAUCAAAGUGGGCCGGACGUUAUGCUAUGUGACGUAGACGUAGUACCUUCAUCUGUUGUUGAGAUUGCUCCUAUUCUUCGUGCUGCAGAUGAAAUUGAAUCAGAAAAUCCAAGGGUUGCCUACCUAUGUCGGUUCUAUGCCUUUGAGAAAGCUCACAUACUUGAUCCAUCAUCAAAUGGUGUUGGUGUUUGUCUAUUUAAGACUGCCCUAAUUCGUCGCCUAGAAAAGCUUCCAUGGGCGGCUGGACCAGGGUUUUUGUCUUUAUAUGCUGAUAAAGUUGAAUCGAGCAACCCAAGGGCUGCCUACCUUUGUCGAGUAUAUGCCCUUCAGAAAGCUCACAGAAGAGAUCCACUAUCAAGUGGUGGUGGUAGUGUUCAUCAAUUCAAAACUGCCCUGAUUCGUGGGCUCAAAAAGCAAGACGUAGAAGCAACAGGAAGACAAAGAAACAGUGAUGCUAAUGGAAUGCAUGCCUUUUAUUGGCAUUAUUAUGAAAACUACAUUCAAAGAUUGCAAAAUGCUGACAAUGUUGAUCGUACCCGUCUCACAAAAGCUUAUCAAACUGAGGCUGUUCUGUUUGAGGUUUUGAGGGCUGUCUGUCUGGAACAAUCUGUCGACGUGGAAGUUGAGAUAUUGAAAACACACACACAGCUUGCAGACAUGUAUACUCGCAGUAUACUUUCGCUCGACCCUGAAAGUUCAGAUCAAGACCUAGUAAAACGUUUAAAUCUAAAGGAGGCCAUGAAAAUUCAACUGCAAGAUGAGAUCUCUCCAAGAUGAACCGGAAGAUGAGAUCCUCCCAGAUGAAUUAGAAGAUUAGAUCCUCCAAGGAACUAAACAACGAAUACUUGGAAGAUUAAAAUCCAAAGUAAAACUUAGGUUUUGUGGUUUGCAUAAAGAAACAACGAGACCACCAUUCUCUAUGAUGAGUUGGACAUCGGAGUACAAAGUAAAAAGAAUUGAUAAGAUUAACAAUUGCUUGUUUACAUAUUUAACAAAAUUUAUUAAUUUUUUAUUAGUUUGUUUUAUACACUACAAGAAAUCUCAGCUAUAGUGGCGACAAAUUGUCGUUUUCACCGCUAAAGCCUUUUAAGCCCAAUCCAUGUGAUCGUUCAAGGAAGAACCUUAUCCGCUGUUUAGAUUUCUCAAUCCAACGGCUGGCAUCUCGUCUCGUACACCAUCAUUUGUGGCGAUAUCAAUAGUGGUGACCUUGUUGCUGCUAAUACCCAAAAAAUAAUAGACCACAAAAACUUUCUUCCAUAAUCAACUUCAAGCACCGCUAAAACCUAAGACCAUUAGAUCAUAUUCUCCCCUCUUUUACUGUAUAAACAACUCCAGUCUCUCCAUGAUCCAUCUCGGAUGAUCUAAUCACCGACAAUGACCACCGACGCCACAAGUCACCACACCAACCUGCCGCCGACCACUAGAACUUGUUUAACAACCACCGCCAUGACUCACAUGCAUUAUGGCACCAUUAUGAACUACAUGCUAUCUUUGGCGACGAAGGCAACCACCUUAGAUUUCAAUCAACAUCACCGUGAACCACCUCCGGCCACAACCUACCACCUGCAACCUCUGCAACCUCUCUCUUAUGUUCUUAGCUCUUCUUAAUAGCUAUUGAGUUGUCUUAAUAAGAUUAAUUGGAAUGUGCAUAUUCGGG